AGGCUCCCUGAGUAUUGUUUCGAUGGCAACGAAACAUCAUCGCACCUUCAGCCAAUCAAAAACAGCUCAUGGAAGACGACGUCAGCUGCAGAGCUGCUUUAUUACAUGUUCCAAUGCUAUGACUCAAGGGUGCGAGUUGAGAAUAUUAAAGGUACUACCUAAACUACACUUUCUUGUAGCUUAACCCUUUCACUGCCAGAUUGUUUGAUGGGGUUUUGCAAGGUGACUUUAACUUUUGAUUCUAUGAAUGAAAUCCUAAUAAUGUGACCAUUCAAAUGAAAGCUCUCUGCCUGUACUUUCACAUGAUGCCAUUUAUUUCUCAAAAGUUUAGAAAAUGAAAUGUGGAACUUUGGUCGAAAUUUGCCUUUGGCCACAUUUGGCAGUGAAAGGGUUAUAUAUUAUUGACAUAUUUUGGGCCUGCUUCAAAGUUUUAUACAUGUAUAUAGCAACUUUGCACUUGCGAUUCAGCUUUUAACUGUAAAAAUAGCACAGUGUAUAUUCGUUCAUUUGACACAGUUUGGAAAAAUUUGAAGUUGUUCGAGCUCGUUCUUUUGCUAUCAGGUAGUUUGAAAUAUAACGUCAUGAGUGUUUGGAGAAAAAGCCCUUUGAAGUAAAAACAUGCUACUCUUUUGUACGAAUACUGAGCGUUAGCAUAUUUAAAACCUCUUAUUACCCCAUAUUCUAAAGUCUGAGUCUGUAGACUAUCUGGGUAAAACUGACCUUUGUGUAAAAGCAAAAACGGCGGCCAUUUUGAAUAAUUUUUGAAUUAAAUAUUCUUUUUUCUUGGCUAUGUAAACUGGGACAAAUUUUUCUUAGCUGAAACUAAUGCUAAUGAACGAAAACAAUAGAUGUUGGUCAUAUAGUUCGCCACAUUUUCUGUCAUUCCUUGACAAAGUUGUAAAAAUGUACAUGUGAGGAGCGCCAUAUUCCAUUUUAUCUAUAUCAUCUUGCAGAACUUAUAUAAGGCUACCUAUUUUAAAAGUUUAAUCUUUUCAAAAUAUUGCUCUCCACCAAAAAAGCUGGGGAGGGCUUUAAAAAAAAGCAGGGGCCCGGGGGAUGAUAGGAAAGUUCGCUCAAUUGUUCACUACAAUUUGUAUUGUUAUUUUCUUGUUGGAAACAGAAGAAAAACCCAAGCGGGGAAUUGUAAUCAGCCCCCCUAAGCUUUCACUUGUACUAAGGUGAAUUCACAAGGGCUUUAAUCCUGUUAACACGCGUCAAUGUUGUGCUGUUGUAGAUAGCAAACCCACAGAUGUUAUUGUCUCUCUGUACUUACUGUCCAUCGGGAAUUUCAAGGUGCGCCAGAUGGUGAGUAUAUAUGGGACGGAUUUGAUUAUAGCGCCAUGUUUUGAAGGUUAAGUAUCACUUGCAUAAAACCCCAGGGGGUGGACUCCGCGUAUGAAAGGGGUGGGGAUACUCGUCGUCUCGCUUAGGGGUGUAAAUUUCGUUUUAUUUUCUCCAUUCACAAAAUCCAAGUUUUCUCCUUUGUCUGUAUUUUAACAUGGUCUCUUUUGGGGGUUAAAAAUAGCUUGGGCCACGCCCAGAUCGGUCACCUUUAGGGGUUUAAUUCAAAAUUUCCGUCGAGCAUCCUCACCCCUCUCAUAUGCGGAGUCCCCCCCCCCCCCCGGGCGGAAAACGGGGGGGCAAAGGGGCCCCCUGGGGAAACCGGUCUUUAUUCGUGGGGUAAACCCGUUUAAAAAACCAAAACUCUCCUACAUUCCCACAAAAAAGAAGGCUUUUUAUAAAUACGCAAAAACACAAAAAAAUAGAAAAAGGGGGGCCCCCCCCCCCCCCGGGCAUAAAACGAUCCAUGCUCUUGCAACAUCACGAAAAGUCAGAAUGAGCUCCUUGAACGCUGAUGGUGCUGGCAUCACACAAUCCAAUUUAAUUUUGUUCAAUUCCAAGUGGAAAGCGUUUGAAAACAUUCUUUAAUAAUUUUUUCCUAGGAUUUUCAGUUGUCAUUCUACUACAGGGAGGUCUGGCGAGACCCUAGAUUAGCGUACGGCAAUCAUUUUCCCAAGGAUGAAAUCGAACUUGGUGGGGAAAUCCGUCAAAACAUAUGGGUCCCUAACACGUAUUUCGUCAACAAGAAGGGAUCGGCAUCACCUGCAGAUGCCCAGUAUUUUGUGAGAAUUUCCCGGAAUGGAACAUUGAGAACAACUACCAAGUAAGUUCAACAAAAGCGAGGGAAUGGUGAGACUCAUUGUGGGCGAGAAGGACUGGGACUAUAUUAGCCCCUUUUUUUUGGAUAGACUAGUCACGUGACAGAACACGGAAGUUUUGUUACGACUGCUUCCCGCUUUUGGCUUCACCUUUCCCUUACAUACCCAAUCCUUUGUUUUGUUUUUGUUUGUUUUAAUUUUUUUACCUUGUCUGUAAAGACCAAUAAAGGCGCGAAUUCUUAAACGUUAUUCACUUUAUUCUGUUCUUAGAAAUACGAUUACUAUGGACUGCUACAUGGACUUACGGAACUUUCCAUUUGACGUCCAGAAGUGUAACUUGAACAUAGAAAGCUGUAAGUUUGAGAGUUUUGACUACGCUUUCAAAUAAAUGAUGAAGGUAGUGAUUUUUUUAAGAUUAAUAACAAACCUUUCGCCACAUUUUGAAAACAAACAACAACGGUGUUUUCGGGUCCUUUGUUCGUAGAUAAUGAUCAAUAAAUGCGUGUGUACAAUUCAGAAAAUUUAUAACAUUGUGUCAUUUAUUUUUGGGUUAGUUGGUUUUGCUGCUGACAAAGUUGUUUACAAGUGGAUAUCUCAGGAUAGCAGCGAGGCAGUCGAAAAAGACCCCGGAAUGAUGAUUUCAGAGUUUGAUCUUGGGUCAAUUCGAACAUUUGAAACCACCUCGUACUACAAAUUAGGUAUGAUGGCGUAUGAUGACUAUGAUGGAAUGGUGAUUGGUCAGUUCUUUUGUAAUUGCGCCACCUUAGAAACGGGAUGGAGACUGGGGCGCAGUUAACUUUCGCAAAGACUUCUGGGACUGUUACAACGGACAGGAAAAAAAAUUGGCCAACAGCUGACAGGCGUGUCUCCAGUAACAAUUCCAGAAACAGCUGCGGGACGCAUUUCUGCCCAUGUUCCCUUUUUUGUUUCUAAAGUGACGAAUAGUGAGCUUGGUCAAAAAAGUCCACAGCUUGCUAUGGUUUUGAAUUGCUGCGUUUUGUGAUUGGCUGUAAUAUCUCUCGCCACUUUGUCAAACCACUCGUGACUUGUUUGCCAACAUUUUCCUUUGGCUUCAAGGGCUUGUUGGCUCAAUUUGCCGGAUUAUCUUUAGUGUGAUGUGGUUGUUGAUCCGAGCGAGUAAUUUCGGCCAGCCUAGGCCACUCAGUUAAAACAGCAUUAUUUGAGUAUAUCAAUAAAUGUUUACAGAUUAAUUUUGAUAUGCUGAAAUGAAUGGUUACAUUUUUUUUUACCGUAACUGGUACUGAUGUUUAGAAAAAUCAAACAGAAACACAUGAUCUCGUAUUCUCCUUCUUGAGUUCCAGGAACCAACUUGGCUCGGCAUGCCUAAAUUUUCAAGAGUUCUAAAACUUAGUUAACUAAUGAUUUGAAAGCAUAACCAAUUUCAGCCAUUUCCUCGAGUUGGACACAAGACACUCGAGAAUGAACGACCUCAGAGGAGGGCUGAAGUUCAGGAUAAUUCUAACAAUAUCGCAGCUAAUUCUAACGGUGAUGUUAAACCUUUUUAGGGCCAUUUUCCAACUUGCGCAUGGAGCUGACCUUCUUCAGAAAAUCUGUUUAUUACUUGAUACAAAUCUACAUUCCAAGUGGCAUGAUAGUAGCACUUUCUUGGGUAGGUGAUAGGCGAGAUCUUAUCCUAAUAGUAUCAUGGUCAGUAUAUUAGGGACUUUGAGAUGCCACGACUAUGACGACAACGAGAACGUCAAAAAAGCAGUAGGUUGAAUAGGCAAAACAACAACUUUGCACGUGCAUCGUGCUUUUUUGUACAUUUCUUUGCUGGCACUGAACCACUACGACGGGAAAAUAACUAAUUUCACCUUUUAUGGAGGACGUAAACAAGCGACGGCUAAAUUUCUUUUUCUUUCUGAACUUGAAUAUGGUUCUUAGGAAUUCGGCUGAAAAAGAGUCCGCUUGAAUUUGACAAUGUAAAUGAGUUGGAGUAAUCGCGAUAGAGAUUGAAAGGACGCAAAUUCACUUUUUAAGCGACGUUUACUGCCUAAUAUCAUCUUUAGAAGAAGACGUAGUUAUAUAGGUCAUUUCUGGAACCAGGUAAUGGCCUAUUGCUGUUUUUCAGCAGACGUCACGGCGGCCAUGUUGGUUUACAAAAACAAAAGAGUCUCUCCGCUGGGAACUAAACUCUUCUGCGAAGAAAAAUUACAUUGUUUCGUCAACCAACCUGGCUGCGCCGCACACCUUGAAGAGUAACGUGGUUGCAAACCAAGAAUUAAUCACCACAAACUAGUUUUGAUAUUUCUAAGUAGAAAAAAACAAAAUUUAAUCUUUCCUUUGAGCAUGGAACUAAGCAGAUAAUCGAGGGACAAAAAUACUAUAAUUUAUUCUUCUCUGCUUCCAAACAAUGUGCGUCGACCAUCGCACUUAAAAAAAUUUGAUCAUUUUGGUAAAAUGGAAACUUUUUACUGGAGUGGAAGGGGGAAAGGAGAGAUUAUGUUCUGAAGUAGUUUCAUUUAAAUUUUUACGCAACGAGAUUCAGAUUCAAAUUCAGUAACUGUCCAUAAAUAAACGUUAUUAAGAUUUCAUUAUGAAGAUCGGAUGUCAAGUUGAGGCAUCAAACUGACGAGAAUUUUCAACUGUAAAUUUUAACCUUUGCCAGCAAUUGAAGAGAAGGGAUUAAUUAAAGGUAAUUUUCCUUACUAGGUUUCAUUCUGGAUCGAUAACCAAUCAAUUCCCGCCAGAACGGCGCUUGGCAUCACCACAGUACUCGCCAUGACAACGCUGUUAUUUGGAAUCCAGUCCUCUCUCCCAAGUGUACCUUACAUCAAGGCUGUGGAUUUAUUUAUGAUCGUAUCUUUUGCCAGUGUUUUCGCCGCCCUGAUUGAGUUUGCGGUUGUCAAUUAUACGAGCAUGAGCGAAAAGGAAAAAAGAAAGAUCCGACCAGCCAAAAAUACGUACCAUGUUGUAAGUACGACUGUUUAUUUAAUGCAGAGACAGUAAUGUGAAAAUUGGUUAGAUAUGAAGAGCUGUGCAUGAAAAGCCAAAAUACUUAUUUACAUUUACGUUUUGUUUAUUCCCCGAAGGGAGACAAGUUGACAUUUUAAUAUAUUCAAUUUUAUUAUGUCGAAACUGUUUUUCUCGCACCGGCUGUAGUAGAUAACUUAUAUUUUUCUUUUAACAGAAUCCCGACAUCCUUAUGCUAAAUUUCCGCAACAGGUCGUUCGAAAGUGACGAUGAAAACAAAUAUAAUCUUCAAAAUGGCUCCGUACACACAGAAAGCACCAGUGCCAAUAGUUCAUUACACAGAUCGAAUCGCACGCCAGUCACGAAUGGAACGGCCAGUGCUGAAUACCAUCCACAUGAUCAAACUGUGAUAUCACGUGAUUAUCCACAUGUUCAGGAAACUUAUAGCGAUCGUCCAAGGUGCCGCUGGCAAUGCAAGGUUACCGCCAAUGCCAUUGACGCUUGGUCACGGGUAUUGUUUCCACUCUCUUACGGCCUCUUUAUUGUUGCGUACUGGAUUAUCUACUCAUCGAGUUCUCAAGCAGAAAAGAACUAA